AUGCGGGCCAUCGUAGCUGUUUCUCUUCUAUCCGCAGCGCUACGCGCAGCCGCAGACCUGACCGAGUCCAACCUCAAAAAGCACACUGACGUGCUGACCCUCAGUCAUUCCUUUAACCCCGUCCAAGAGGCCUACUUUACUCGGUUUCCCCAUCACAGACGUACUCCAUUCGCAGUCUCUCCCGAUGGAAAGUCCGCAUACAUCGCUUAUCUAGACGCAAGCCAAACCGACAUUCACGUCCAGCAAGUGAACGUGGAUACAUUUGAAGCAACGGGAACACCGGUGACAGUUUCCGGUGGAAAGGAAGCUGGGGGCCUCAUCGCCCAGAACGACGGCUUUGCCCUCCUAACAAACGAAGUCAUGCCCUCCGGGACCGCAAACACACCACCCAAAAAUAGCCCCGUCCCUGUUCUAUAUCGAUACACCCAUGGCAAACAGACAUGGAAGACCUGGCUCGGAGGACCCGGCGUGCACGCAGCUGAUGGCCUCUCCUCAUCUCCAGAAGGCCAAAUCAACGGCGACCUGGUAUACUCUGAGAAGUCAAGUCUCUACGGCGCAUACUUUACCACGACUAAUUAUGCCGGCUUCGGCAGUGGCCACUGGGGGGAUAGCAUCCAGUAUGUCAAGGAAAAUGGAGAACUCACUACGAUUCCGGGGGCCAGUAGUUCGUGGGGCUGUAGUCACAAUGGGGGAAUUGCAUUUGAAGCCGCGGACGAACCGCCGUUCGCGAGUAUUUGCGCCGUGGACACGGGGGACGCAAUUUGGCUGAACACGAAGACGCAGGGCAUGUCGAAGGAUGGCGUGAAGAUCUCCAAUGAGAAGGCUGUAAUGGGUUCUAUAGGAGAACCCAUGGGCGGCAUGUCAGGUAGUUACAGUGCUCUUGCUCGAUUCGCAGAGACCACUCGGUAUAUCUUUACUUGGGUGUCUCGCGGCGCGAUCGAUCUGACAGCAAACGAGUGGAUGGGUAGUGGGUAUACUCACGCUGAGAACCGGACGAGCAAUCGCAACGUGGCUAUCGCGUUGUUUUCUGACAAGUACACCAAGAUCGGGCCCCAGGCUUCUGCCGAAGUCGGUGCAAAGGACGGUGAUAGCCAGGUUAACUGGCUGACUCAGGGUUCGAAUGACUGUUCGAAUGCUCAUGCGGCUACAUUUGGGAAUAAAAAUGCCCUGAUCACAUGGGAGGAAAUCUCGGAUCCGAUCUGUGAAGCUGUCGCGAUGGGUUGUCGCGGGCAGUUCGUCGGUACAUUCUAUCAGCUGGUGGAUGUCGACGGAAAGAAGGUUGGCAGGGCGUUGCAGAGUACCGAUACUUUUGUCGCUGGAGAUAUGGUGACCAUGGCUGAUGGCCGUAUCUGUUGGCCUUAUGUGAAUAUGGAGUGGGAUCUCUCGGAUGCUGUUGAUUAUUUUGGCACCCCUGCGAGCACCACGAAGAUGAGCUUUGCGUGUAUUACUCUGUAA